AUGGUUGUGGAUCUCGGCCCUCUGCUCUGCUUAUCAUUGAGCGGCGCAACAAAAAAUCUUUUGGAAGAAAACAAUCAGGCUUUUGGUAAGAUUUCAGCAAAUCUUACGACCCUCAAGAGCUAUACACAGUACAUCCCGCUACAAAUCAUUGAUCUCAAUUCCUGGUUGAAGACCCCCUCAAUAUAUGUUUUUGAUUGCUCUGCUGCUGGAUUUAUUGUGAAUGCCUUCAUUGAGCUCAAGGAAAAUAGUACCUCAAGUUCUGGAUCUUCCAUGAGGAACUGUAUUUUGCUGCAGCCUGUGAAGCUCAUGAGACGCUACCACAAAGUGCUGAGUUUCCUGUUGAUGUGUUUACUUCCUGCCUUACAACACAUAAAAAUGGCACUAAGAUGUUUUCGGUCACUUCAUCAUGAAUCAAUUGAUUAUUCUCUGAUAGAUAGAAUUCCUGGCCGCCAAACAGACAAGAAGACCCUUCUUGGGGAGUUGAACUGGAUAUUCACAGCUGUGACUGAUACUAUUGCAUGGAAUGUACUUCCUCAUGAUUUAUUCCAGAGAUUGUUCAGGCAAGAUCUUUUGGUUGCCAGCCUGUUUGGAAUUUUUUUGCUUGCUGAAAGGAUAAUGCGGUCAGAAUUUAUCACUUUGAUUUUCUAUGUAACUUAUGUGUUAGGUAUUUGGAUACAUUAACAGUACUCAAUUAAUUGUUGUUUUUAAAUUGGUACAUGUUUAAGUUGGUUGUUUAAACAAACAGCUUUUCACAUGUAUCAAAUAAAUUGAUCACAUUGCUGGUUGUUU